UGCCAACUCGUUUCUCUAGAGCAAACUGCUUCGUGAAAAGGGCCAAUACUGUCUCUGUUGUGUAUGUAUUGUACAAUAUCAUUUUAUGUCUGUACUCAUAUGCCACUGCCUUCUGGUGCCAUGCAGAAACGUCAGAGGAAAUGGACUUAUUCCUCAGCAAGAGGCCUAGGAAGGCCAUGUACUCCAACGAAGGAAAAGGAAAGAAGAGGACAAAAGGGAAGCCCGCACCAUCAACAAAGCAGCUUCGUCUGGGAACGCAAAGCACCGUUGAGGCGGAGCUUGCAGCUCACAUUGAAGGAGUUGCCACACCUAACUGCACAUGUUGCAGUGACGGCUGUGCAGUGCAUGGCCAACUAGAUGAAGCGAAAAAAGAAAAUGCUCUUCUGAGAGAGGAGCUACUGGUUCAGAAAUCGAGCUUCCUCAAAAAAAUAGAGGAGCUCGAGAAAAAGUUAAAUGACACCCUGCAUCUCAAUGUAGAGCUUCAGAAAGCAUUGACGUCGAAGAUUUUUACAAGUGAGAGCAAGAUCAGUUAUGCCCGGUGUUUGGACGUGGCAGUAGAUGCAGAAGCUCCUGCACAAUCACGGAGCUCUGGUGUUGAAGCAAAAGACUUGGGCUUGCACUCCCGCAGCAGGCCACAUUGUGAAGCCGACAAGUUGUCGCACCACAUGGGAACCACUGCAGCUGCGGCUUCAGCUGCCUCUGUCCAGGAAUGUGGGUCACAGCAGCUUGAACCUAGCGACAGGCCAUCUGGUGCUGGUGACGCGGAAGCUUCUCAGCCCUCGGUUUCUCAAGAUGCACAAAACAGCAUUGAGCAAGUGGUGCCAGAUGAGCUCGAACCCUGGACCUCACAGGAGUUGGAGGAAGCACUCCUCGAUGGUCAUUCAGACGCCUUACAGACUGUGAUUGGCAGUGAAAGGGACGAUGGAAAGCUCUAUGCAGGGAGCAGUCAAUGGCUCGAGAAGGAGGCAUGGGGCACUCUGUUCCGGGCCCCGACGGAUUCUUUAUUUUGCCGCAUGGCCACGAACGUUUUUUGGACGCCCGAGCAACUCAGGAGCCGCAGUGUGACGGGCACGCUUUCAAACAAGUCGCGUUCGAAGGGGGAGACCGAACCAAGGCCUGCAUUAACCCCUGAGAAAGUGGCCUCACUAGAAGCUCUCUUCAGCAUAUACAUGGGCAGCGAUGUGCCUAAAGACGCCCAGAGCAAGAGGCUCAAGGACGUGCGCAAGCACCUUGCGCAGAAGCUGGGUGACAUGCGGCGCAAAUGAUCCUUCGUUCCGCCAGCACCCGCCACCCACCUGCAGCAGGUUGA